CAAUUGUUCAUAGAUUCAUCAAUCAAAAUGAAAAGAAAAACAGAAAAAGAAAAAAUUGCCUAGUGCCAGGUUGCCGGGCGAUGGGCCUGGCACGCCUGGACAUGCACUUGAAAAGGAAACACCAAUUUGCUGUUCACAGUGACGAAUAUAAAAAGUACAAUCAAGUUGAAAAGUUGAAGAAAAAUGAUGAUGUUUUGAUGUCUAAGUUUGCAAAGUAUUUAGAGGAUACUCUAAACAUGCCUAAAAAGCAUGUUAAUCAGGUACGGUCGGAGAUUACGCACAUAUGGAAAAUUUACGGACAAGACGUAGGAAGCGGAUCACUAAACAACAUUUUAGAUCCAGAAAUUUUAAAAAAUUUGUUUACAGAAUGCUACUGUACCAUGCAGGAGGCAGUUUUUCACAGUAUAAAUGGGUUGGUUUCUAAACCUAGAAAAUGCUACCAUAGCUCAGCGGCUAGAGCAUCGGCAGGGAAUGUCGGCGGUCUCAGUUCAAAUCCUGAUGGAGCAAAUUCUGAAAUCACUAUCAUAUUUUAA